AUGGCAGGAUAUGUACCAACUCUAUUUUAUGGAAAAGCUGGAGAAGAUCCUGAAGAAUGGAUUAGAGAUUUUAGGCAAUAUUACUUGAUCCACUUGCAGAUGCUUGAACCAGAUGAUAAUAUCAACUUGGCCAAUCUUGGAGCUAUUAAAGGAUUAGCUAAUAAUAAUGCAUUGUGUAAUAUCAAUGCUAAUCAGUUUAGAGAUGGAGCUCUUCAAAUAAAAAAUACAGUUCCAGCUGACAACUAUGCAAUUGCUAUACCAUUGGUGCCAGCACAUAUUGUUUUCAAUGAAGAUUGGUCAAUAGCUGGUGAACAACCAACAGAUUUAGCUCCCAAUGCCCCCAAUGCUAAUGCAAUAGGUAAUACCAUUGCUCCUGGUAUUCGUAUUGAGCAAACAACUUUCCAAUUGCAAAAUAGGCAGUUGGUAUAG